UUUUGCACCAUGUAAAACGUUCUGCUACCAACUGGAGGAAAAGCUAAUUAUAGUGGGGAAUAAGCGCAAUAAGAAUUGGAGGAUGGUGGAAAUUGUUCGUGACUCAGGUCAGUUUUAUAAGUUAGCUCCGUGUUGUUAAAUGUGCUCCACCCGUAGCCAUCAUUGGCAAGGCAGCGCGUUUUCAGGCGAAUUCACCCUGGAAUAGGGCACAUUAGCAAAGCAGAACCGAGAGCCGCUUCUGAAACGCGCCGCGCCUCGUCUGGCGGAAUCACAAGCAUUAUAGAGUGGCCGCGAUCAGCUAGCUACGGUGACCGCGUUGGAGCCCGAACGCGCGGCAGAUGCGCCCUGUGAAAUCUAGUUACCAGACCCACUCUCAGGAUGGUAGCGGCGUGCGUGUUUCCGGCGGAGGACAUCAACACUGAAAGCCAGCAGCGAGCAUGGAGGAGGGGCCCACUCCCGACCCGGAGUUCGUGGAUGUGGACCAGGGCAUGACGCUGGCCUGCGUGGCCUUCCUCUGCCUCCUCCUGGUGGCCAUGAUCAUCCGCUGUGCCCGGGUCAUCAUGGACCCCUACAGCGCCAUACCGACCUCCACCUGGGAGGAGCAGCAUCUGGACGACUAGGGCACCGGCUGGACAUACCAAGGAACACGUGGUGGUGCGAGGGUGCAGAUUCCCUCAGAGUAACGCGAGCGUGGGUCAAGACAGGCAUACAAAUGGACGCAUACGAACAUACUCGUGUAGGCACGUUUAGGGCCUUGUUUAUGUUACACUAUAAUGAACCCGAGACUCAAGACGCUAGAUUAUAAUGUUGUGUAAACUUGCAGGUCCACAGCUCAUGACGCCACCAUCCGAGGUAGCGUGCACAAGAAUUCCCAUAGAGAAUGCCUGGAGUUUUGCCAGUUUGAGGAGAUUUGUGUGGGAACUGUAUCGAGUGCAUGUGCAGGGCGCACGCGCGUUGCUUUAUUUUCUGGCGAUUGAUGUUCACAAUCCCGCGUGGUACGUCUCGAACAUGCCGGUGUAAAUUCAAACGCUGUGGAAGUCUGUUUAACGUUUUAUUCUCGCUAUUUAACGUUUUAUUCUCGCUAUUUAACGUUUUAUUCUCGCUGUUCUCACAACAUGCCCACAGGGUUAUACACACACAUUCACACAAACAUACACGAGUGGGCGUGAUUAUGCUCCCGAAGAGUUACACUGCCUGACCACACUACCAUUGCCUGGUAUCAGUCAGUUCUUGAGAAGCAGGGUACGUGUGACAUUGGAGAAAGGCAUCCGAUUUUACAGACUGACUCCACCUUCGCCCUGCAGACUGUUUUCUGCACAUGCUUGGUGAGACUGGUGAUGAUGAAGAUGACCAUGAUGAUGAUAAGGAUGUUGAAGAGGAGGACAUUAUUUGGUCCUUUAAGAAUUUUUACAGUUGAUCACAAUUCAUCUUACAAAAGCAUCUCAUGAUUUGUACUUUUUGUAAGGAAUCUGAACAAUGACUUUGUCUACGUAUUGACUUGCUUCUGCUCUGCCUGUUUCAGCCUGUAAAUGAACAAGGCUCUGAGCAUCUUUAUCCAGUUGUCUUAUCUAAUGUGCAAAAGACGACAGCAUGGCAAAGAAGUGGGGAACCUUUACAGCCUAGACACACACACGCACAUGCACACACACAAACAGACACACCCACACACACACACAGACACACCCACAC